CUCCUGUCCAAUCGUAAUUGUGAAGUUAUGACCUGCGCAAAAAAGAUGCGCCAUAGAAAAUAAUGACAACAACAAAAAUGCCGUCGGAGAGCCCGGCUCUGCCAGCACAAACGGAAAAACCUCCGCAUUACACGUACUUGAAAGAGUUUCGCACUCAGCAAUGUCCGCUGUUUCUUCAACACAAAUGUACACAACAUAGACCAUUCACUUGUUUUCAUUGGCAUUUUAUGAAUCAGCGGAGACGAAGGCCAGUUAGGAAAAGGGAUGGUACAUUUAACUACAGUCCUGACAUAUAUUGCACUAAAUUCGACGAAACAACAGGAAUAUGCCCUGAAGGAGACGAAUGUCCCUUUUUGCAUAGAACUGCAGGAGAUACAGAAAGAAGAUACCAUCUUCGGUAUUACAAGACUGGUACCUGUGUCUAUGAAACUGAUACCAAAGGUCACUGUGUGAAGAAUGGACCCCACUGUGCUUUUGCUCAUGGUCCUGUGGACUUGCGGGCUCCAGUUUAUGAUAUCAGGGAGCUGCAGGCUAUGGAACAGAAUUCUGAUAUAUCAAGCAGCCCAGGAACCCCAAGUAGUGGAAGUUUAGAAAAGGAUAGGUUGUUAUUAGAAGAUCCCAGAUGGAAUGAUACGAAUUUUGUAUUGGCUAAUUAUAAAACUGAGACGUGUAAAAAGCCCCCUAGGUUGUGUCGUCAAGGUUACGCUUGUCCUCAUUUUCAUAAUGCAAGAGAUAGAAGGAGAAGUCCAAAAUUGUUUAAAUACAGGUCUACACCAUGUCCAAAUGUGAAGCACGGAGAUGACUGGGGUGAUCCGACACAGUGUGAGAACGGAGAUAAUUGUGGCUACUGUCAUACAAGGACAGAACAACAGUUUCAUCCCGAGAUAUACAAGUCAACUAAAUGUAAUGAUAUGGUACAGACUAACUUUUGUCCAAGGGGACCAUUUUGUGCAUUUGCACAUGUAGAGCAGGAAAUUACAACCCAGCGUGAAAUACUUCAACAGGGAUCAUCUUUCUUGGCAGCUAUGAUAACAAAUCUACUGCCUCAGUCUAGUGUCCCAGCAACUGUAGGAAGUUCAAGUUUACCUUUAUCAACUAGUGCUCCAAUCACUUCUAUAUUACAGUCUACAGAAAACUCGUUACAUGUAAAUGGUAUAGCAACAAAUUCAUGGACCAAGAUGCCGGAUCCAAUAGGAAAAGAAAGAACUAAUAGUACUUCUAGUAACACAAUAAUAAACACAAAUAGCAUUAGUGGUUUUACAAAUAGCAAUCACAUAGGUAGUUCGUUACCAGAGCCUAUAGGGAAGGGAAGAUCAAAUAGUACAUCAAGCAGUAUUACAUCUAGUGAUAGUAGUGGGUUCUACCAGAGAGCACCUGGUUCUGAGAGGGAUGAUUAUCAGAUUAAAUUACGUCAACAGCUUCAGUGUAUAGACAAUGAUGCCACGUUAGAUGCUACAGAGAAGGCGAAACGUAAACAGAACUUGAUGCUAGUACAUAAUAUGGGUUUGACGAAUAAUAUGUCAGGAUUGUCUAUGUCGGCACCUGGGCUACCUAUGACAACGAUAAUGUCACCAUUUGCUCCAGCUUUCUACCCACCAAGGGAUACCGUAGGAUCUGUUAUAGAGCAAGCAUUAGAAGAUAUUACUCUGGAUGAUAUAGAUAUACAUAAUCUAGACAAGGAGCUAGAUAAUGACACAAACUCCUUAAGUAGUUCUAUCAGUGCAGGACUCUCUUCAGGGUUUGGUUCCACAUCUGUACCUAUAGGUAUACCACCAUGCCAGAUCCCACGAGGCAGUGUAGGUAGCCUAUCACAGUCACCAACUUCUCCCUAUGGUAGUUUUCCACACUCUAUUCUACCACUACAGUCACAGAAAGAAUCAGUAUCCGAGGUAUUGAGUUAUUUAGGUCAACACAACCAUAUGAAAUUUUGUGGCAGCCCAUUUGGUGAGAUUAACUCUAUGUCACCUAGGAGCGGUCCAGGGGGUCCCCAUUCUCCGCUAUACUCACAGAGUUUAACUAACAGCCUAAAUAGUAGUCAGAAUAGUGAUAUACAUAAACUACAGACUGAUGUUCAAUCAUAUAAGACCAAAUUAGAACAUUGGGAGCAAGCUUACAACCAGGCUAAAGCCGCAUGUGAAGCAUGGAAGAAGGAGGCCGAGGAUACAUCACGGAAGAUUAAAACAGUUGAAGAUGAGAAAAUGACUGUCCUUAAACAAAGAGAUGAGGCUUUAAGUCAAUACAAGAAAGUAAAAAUAGAAGCAGUGACAAUGAAAAGCACAGGCAGUCAUUUAAGAGCGCUGCAGCCAGCCAGUGACCUAGAAAAUAUGGUGUUACCACAGUUACGACAAAUACAACAACAGCUUAGAACUGACCUAGAAAAAGUUGAACAGGUGAUAUACAAGCAAUCAGCCAUCAAGUGUGUUAUAUGUCAAGAGAAGAACAGGAGUAUAGCAACAUCACCUUGCAGUCACUGUGUUAUGUGCGAGAAAUGCGCACCAUCAAAAACGGAAUGUCCGUUAUGUAGGUCACAGAUUACACAGCGAGCCACGGUGAAUUAUCACUUGUAAUGAUAGUGUGGCAUAGGGACUUUAUGAACAAUUGACUUUUAAUAAAUUUGUUUAUAAAAAUUAGGUCACGGAGAUUUUUCCUUUCUUGAAGAAAGAGAUUGAAUUUCACACUCGGAAAGUCGUGUCUUUUUACAAUGAUAUAGGUAUAAAUAAUUGCAUAGGCUUAACAAAUUUAUGUAUAGUUGUACAUUUUCUGAAGAGUUGUUUUGUAUAUCAGUGUUUUGAUCAUGUUGCAAUGACUUUAUGUUAGAUUUUUUCUCUUUUGUUGAAAUUUGAGCCGUGUCAUGACAAAACCAACAUAAUGGGUUUGCGACCAGCAUGGAUCCAGACCAGCCUGCACAUCCGCGCAGUCUGAUCAGGAUCCAUGCUGUUCGCUAUCAGUUUCUCUACUUGUGAUAGAGUUGGUAAGCGAACAGCAUGGAUCCUGAUCAGACUGCGCGGAUGCGCAGGCUGGUCUGGAUCCAUGCUGGUCGCAAACCCAUUAUGUUGGUUUUGUCGUGACGCGGCUCAUUUGUUUUAGGUGCAUUGAGUUAUAUUGUUUUUCAUUUCAUAGACAUUUUUCUAAAGUAGAGUUUAUGUAAUAGAUUUAUGGUAUGAUAAAGUGUGCAUUUACAUUUAGAUUGCUUUGAAGAGGUGAGGAUGUUUUUCACCAUCAAAUAACAUAUAGAAAUGAGUAAAAGAUUUUUGGAAGAAAUAAAAAAGAUAUGUUUUAUUUUGGUACUAAGGCUGCCUCAUUCGACAAGUUUUUUUUCAAGGUUAAUGAGGUUACAGCUAAAUAAAAAUAUAAUAUUUGAUGUAAAUUUUAAAUUGUCAACUUUAUAUUGUUAAAAAUGGCAAUUAAUGAAGUAAAGGAAUGUGCAUUAUGUCUUACUCGUUAGUUAUUGGUAGAUUCGUUACAAAAUACGGAACAUUUUUUAGUUCGGAAAAGUCAAAAUAGAUUUCCCUUUCUAGCAAUGUCUGUUAAUUACUAAUCCUUGUUGUUUCACAUUCAUUUUUGGUAAGUGCCAUACCUGUUUUAAAGUUUGUCAUUUAAAUAAAUAGAUUAUUAUGAAAAAUAUUAGUAUAGAAAAGUGUAAUAUUUUUUUCACCACCUGUUUGAAAACUAUCACUUAAAUGACACCAUUAUAAACAUUGCUGUCAAAUUUACUGUAUGGAGGCCACCCAUUUGGAAAGUAUGGUAGCCCUUUUUUUUUGCAAGUUGUUUACUCAAAUCGGGCUACUUUACCCUAUAAUUGAUCAAUAAGGAGAGAAAAAAAUCAGACCUUUGUUGACAAGUAUUAUUUAUAUGUUUUAUUUCGGGCUGGUUUUUUGCAAGACUUGUCUGUAAUACAUAUAGACAGAGGUAGUCUUUAUUUGAGUAUGAUCUUAAUUCAAGGGUGAUCUUAAUUCAAGGGUGAUCUUAAGCAGAGGUUUAAUUGUAUUAAAAAAUCUGAUGACUAUAGAUGCUGAUUUUUCAUUCAUGCAACUAACACACUGAUUGUCCUAGAAUAAUAGUUCUUUGGUAGUGAUCCUUAUACAAUUUCAUGACCACUUGUUUAAUUUUUACAGCACCAUUUUGAUUGUUAUUUUUUGUUUGUUUAUUUUAAAUUGACAGUUUGCCAUAAUUUUCCCUUUUGAAUUUCUAUUAGAAUAUGUCUGUAACAGCGUCAUUGUUUUCAUUAUGUGUUAUUAAAAUUGUUUUAAAGGACUAAUUAUAUAGUAGGAAUGAUAGCUGAAUGAUGCUUACAUUUACUAAUUCUAAUAAAUUUUUUACACAUUA